AGAUGUUUACAGGUGAAGGCCGCGGUGAGGGGCUGCAGUGCGCCGGGGGGCCGCAGGGGGAGCUGUUGGCCGGUAUGAGAGCCAGAGCGCAGAGCUCCAGCCGCACUCAGCCCGGACCCACAGCGCCGCCCGCCCGCUGACUCUGCGCAGCUUCACCGCUGAUUCCAGGAGGACGCCGACACGAUGCCGACAAUUAAGCUGCAGAGCUCCGAUGGGGAGAUGUUUGAGGUGGACGUUGAAAUUGCAAAGCAGUCUGUGACCAUAAAGACCAUGCUAGAAGAUUUGGGGAUGGAUGAUGAAGGUGAUGAUGAUCCUGUCCCUCUUCCCAAUGUGAACGCUGCUAUUCUCAAGAAGGUGAUUCAGUGGUGCACUCAUCACAAAGAUGACCCUCCUCCCCCUGAAGAUGACGAGAAUAAAGAGAAGAGGACGGAUGAUAUCCCGGUUUGGGACCAGGAGUUUCUGAAAGUGGAUCAGGGGACUCUGUUCGAGCUGAUCCUGGCUGCAAAUUAUUUGGACAUCAAAGGCUUACUAGAUGUCACCUGCAAGACAGUCGCAAAUAUGAUCAAAGGCAAAACCCCAGAGGAAAUCAGAAAGACGUUCAAUAUCAAAAAUGACUUCACAGAGGAAGAGGAAGCUCAGGUACGCAAGGAGAACCAGUGGUGUGAAGAGAAAUAAGGAAUGUGACACUAACACACUGUACGGAUUUUUCCAAAAACAGAUUUACUGGUUGCACUGCACUGUUCAUAUUGUUGAUAUUGACCUGUAGACCAAUAGGAUGAGACCCCUCGUGUAUUCAUAGCAUGAUCUUCAUUGCUUGUGUGGUGCAAAAAAAUCUAUAAUUUAAAGUUUUUUUUCCCUGUUUUUAUUCCUCUUUAUAUAUUCAGCAGAAAUAAAUAGUCUUCACCUCCUUCCUGUAGAAGUCACUCUUUUUUUAUUAUUUUUCAAAUUAGAUGUUUCUUUAUGAAGCAACCAAGUAGAUUUUUUUUUGUUUUUGACUAAUUGAAAUGGUUAAAGCUUGAUUGUAAUUUUUAUAAACGCAGCUCGUGUGUACUUCCUUAAGUCGUGCUGAAGAAGAGCGAAUAGAAUCGAGGAGAUCUGGAGGAUCUGGGAGGUGGAAGUUUCCUGUGUGGAAGUUCUUGUUUAAGAAGUAAAAUGUGUUUUUCUUGCGGACGUUUACUUUGCCUGCUGUCAUUGUAAAGGAUUGGACACAUUUUUUUUAGUUCUGCUCUUACAAUGAAGCUUAGGAAUAUUAAUCUUUAAAUUCCGAAAAUAAAACCAACAAAACGUUA